AGAAGGAACACUGACGUCUGUUGCCCUGAUUGGGCAACUCCACCCCUGGCAGCUCCGCCAAGGCAGUUUCAGAAGAGAAGCAGUUAGUGUGUUACUAGACUCAAAGGACUGAAGACAACUUCAACUCUGAAACAGAAGAAGAUGCUGCCUCAGGUGGUUUCCUCACAGCUCGGAAACAGCAGUAAUAUUUCUGGACCUUGUCAGGAGGAGAACCAGCACAUGUCCCUCAUCGUCCUCCUGUGCCUUGUCUUCUUCUUGGGCUUCCUCCUCAACGCCUUUAGCCUCUGGGUCUUCUGGUGCCGGAUGCCCCGCUGGACCUCUGGAACCAUACUGCAGUUCCACUUGGCUCUCAGCGACGCCAUCGCGACCCCAGUCACUCCAAUGAUGGCGGUAUACUUCAUCAUGGACAACAAAUGGCCCUUUGGUUGGUUCAUGUGCCAGGUCAACAUCGCUCUGUUCAGUUCACAUUUCUACGGCAGCACCAUAUUCCUCACUCUCAUCAGUAUCCAUCGGUACACAACUGUUGUGCAAUUCAACAAAAGCUCACAUAUGAAACGAAAGCCGUUUGUCAAGAAGCUAUGUGCAGGAGUUUGGUUUCUGAUGCUGAUCCAGGCUCUGGUCUAUGCUUCUUUGUUUCCACCCUUCUUUGUUUCCACCCCCAAAGGAAACAUUCAGUGUCUCUCCAUCCAUCAGGGGAACCUGACCAACAGCUACUUUGUCAUUAACUUUGUCCUGUUCAUCUGUGGGUUCUUACUCCCUUUCGUUGUGUCUGUUGUGUGCUACACCCGUCUGGCAGGCUCCUUAACUCGCCUCAACAUCAGCACAGCUCAAGGUCUGAAGGUCAAGGUGAAAUCUCAGAGGAUGAUAGGCAUGUGUCUGGUGAUAUUCGGGCUGUGUUUCCUGCCUCUGAACGUGAUGCGAACUGUGGGAGUGGUACUUAAGAAAUACUACCCGCACAAAUGCUACAUUCUCCUGCAGAUUGAGACGGCGUAUUAUGCCUGCUGGAUCCUAGCAGGAGUGAACAGCUGCCUGGAUCCACUGUUGUACUGUUUUGGUUCUCAAAACUUUCGAGACGCAUUCAAGUCUCUCAGAAUUGUGCAGGGAGAUGCUCCAAACAGGAGUGAUUCAGAAACGUCUGCGAAUCAGUAGCAUGGAGUCAUGCAUUAUUGGAUACCACCAAUAGUAGUGGGCCAGGAUUUAGUGUUGGUGGAAAGAACAGGUCCAGAUCAAGUGAGGGUGAACCAUCUACCUUCUAAUUUCACAAAUGUCUGUCUGUCUGUCUGUCUGUCUCUCUGUCUGUAUGAGGAACGCACAUCUCGUGAAUCAUUCAUCCAAUAGACUUCUCACAUGGCAUGUGUAUUGUAAAUUGCCGGAGAAAGUGAAGUGCUGUUUUUGGUUUGAUUUGGACAUUGUGAUACAUUCAAUAAUAAUACUAUUUGAAUAAACGGGUGACUAGCACUCAGUGGGGGGUGGGGCAAUCAAGUGGCAACCUACCAUGACGUCACCCACUGGUUUUUUAACUGCCAUUUUGAAACCGAGAGUUUCGAAUUUGAUCAGUGCCAUAUUGCCAGUUUGUAUUUUGUCUGUUGUUUUUCAGUUUCACAUAGCAUGGGUUUUUCCACUGCUGAGGUGAGCACUGUACUGUCAUAGACUUUACAUUUUUCUCAAUGAGCCCUUUUCUAUUGCUUAAGGUUAUAGCACUAUGUUUCUUUAAGUCAAUGCACCAGUGUCCCCCCAGAAUCUAAUGUGAUGUAUUUUGCAAUACAGUGUACAAAAGGAAAUAUUAGUGGCUGUUUAGUUUGCAGGGCUUGUAGUGUCCCAGAACUCAUACCGCCCAUUAAACUCAGGUUAUUCAUCCACAUUAACAACUUUUUCCAUACACAAGAAACAAUGUUAAUUUGGGUUUAUGACAGCCUAAGUACUGAGCAACUGUAUUAUGGAGCAAAAAGUCAAAUAUAAACAAAAUAUAAACAAAAAUACACGAUUGGACUUUGCAUCCUUUGUAAAGUCCAAUACUCUCUAUCAGAUGAUACAGUACUACAGCAGUCUUUUUUGCUACAGUGGAAUAAGUGUUUACAGCCAUGCUAGCAGCUCUAUUAUCUUAGUUUAGCGGAUUAGCAUGCUAAUAUUUCCUCAUUUGCACUUGAAACAAGGUGCAGUGAAGUGAAGUGUAUUGUCAAGUUCUCCUUUCCUCUUAAAUGCCUGGUUGUGACAUUCUUGUUCUUAAUUAUUUAAUUUCUUUCUACUGUGGUAAGGUGUAAGUACCAGUAUUUAAAUAAAAAAUAUACACUGUAAGUCAUAGUCUGUAUUAUAAGAAUUUUCCAUCGAAAUGAUGAAGCAAUAGAGGGGAUCGUGGCCACUAAAUCACAAUUAUUUUACGUACUGGAAAAACCUAAAAACUAAAAGUGAAUCUGUUUUUUAUAGAUGUUGACAUAUUGACAUAUUGGAUGAGCUGCUUCACUGAAAGAUCCUAAAUCUUUUUGUGAUUUCACUGUUACUUAGGCCUACAUAUUUUUUAACUCAUGUAUUUAACUUUGUCACAUUCAAAUAUUUUUUUUUUACAGAAUAGAUACAAAAGUCCUGUGAUGCAUAAUUUGCAACACAGAGCUCAUACAUAGUCCAAACACUCAUAUAUUCAUAUACUCAUAUACUCAUAUACUCAUGAUAUUCUGUACUAUCUCAGGUUCAAA